CUCAUUACGUUUGGUGUGGGGAUAAAAUCUUCACGUUUAGAGAUUACUUGGUGUUCCUAAGCAUCGCCAAAGUUUUAGAACCGUUGAGGAUAUUUUUUUAUCAUAACAUUCUACCUAAGACGGAUGGAAGUUUUUAUUAUUCUUGGUUCCCAGAAUUAAAACAGUCUUUGGCUAAUUUGGUUUUUAAAAAAAUAGACAGACCAAUUCAAUGUAACACAAUGGACGCCGUGGACUUUUCUCUAGAACAAAUGGCAUCAAACAAAGUUGGGGGCGUCUAUGUAGGUGAGAGGGCCGUGUUGACGCAUGUCCCUGACACAUGGAAGACUGGAAAAUAUUUCACUUAUCAAAAACAGGGUAGUUCUAGCAGUGAGGACAUGAUAGUGUUUGUUAAACACGGAAUUGAUGGGAAAACUGAAUCCGAUAUCAAACAAUUUAAAAAUAAUGUCCUGAGUCAAAAAAUGGAAUGUUUAACUCCGGAACAAUUUGAGAACCAGACGUCACCUUGUGUAGUGAUGUCAAACCAACUUUACCCAGAAAACAUCAUCAACAGUUCGACAUCAUUUAGUGCUCUGUUGAGAUGGUUGUGUUACGGACAGACGGAACGGGGUGAUGACUCAUCAGAUCUGGUGCCACUUAUCAAUCACGUGAUCUUCCUCAACCCAAAACCUGGUAACCCAGUUGAGUGGAACUUUGAGAAAUACAUAAGUGUUCUGUCAGCCUUGUACGUUGGUGGAUUUGAAAGAGUGUAUGUACAUGGUGACACAGAACCUUCAGGUAAAGUAUGGGAGAGGCUUAAGAAAGAAAACGUCACGUUUGUUUAUGUGGACCAACCAACAUCCGUGUUUCAACAAGAUGUAAAGGGGCUGGAGCACAGAUCAGACAUUCUUAGAGUCCAGAUUCUUUACAAAUACGGGGGAGCGUACAACGACUAUGACGUCAUCUGGACGAAGCCUCUCUCUGAAGAACAAAGACGGUACCCCGUCUCUGGAAGUUACGACUGGCAGGACCUAGGCACCUGGCCCAGACAACUUAAUAACGGUCUGAUUGUGUCCAAGCCUAAAGCUUUCUUCUGGUUGAAAGUUCUAGAGUCUUUCAGGUAUUACCGUGAUGACAUAUGGGGCUAUAACUCUUGUCUUAUGUACUACAAGAUCUACGAGAAAUACCCUGACAGUUUUCAUAUCGACAGCAGAUUGCAGGUUGGCUGUUACUUCGGCAUCUGUCAUCCUGUCUGGCACGAAGGUUUUCAGAGAGUCUUGCAUGAUCGACGUUCUACAAAGUGGAUUAAUAUAGAGGAAGCUAACGCUUUCCAUAUGUUUGAACACAAAAAAGGAGUAACUUUCAACUCGUUUUCUGAGCACCAAAACAAAACUAGCAUCGAGGGUGUUCUACUGAAGAGAGUAAAGGCGUCUAUACUGAAAUCUGGGAAGAAUCACCUGUUAGAGGAAAUUUGA